GAUGUUUCACAAAGUCACAAAGAGGCUCCGAGAUGGCCUUGAGCGUGCGAGACAGAGCCAUUGGGGCCAUCGUGGGGGCCGCAGUAGCAGAUGCAGCAGCCCAGCCCAUGCAUUGGAUUUACAAUCCAGACAGACUCAAAGAAGUCCUGGCAGAUCUGGAGCCCACGCCGGAGUUUCGUGCCGACUCUGCCAAUCCUUUCUACCGCAGGAAGACAGGCGAGCAGACCUGCUAUGGCGACCAGGCUUACGUCCUCUUGGAAUCGCUGAGUCAGUGCGGAGAUGUCAAUGUGGAGGAUCUGACGCAACGUAUCUACAAAUUCUUUGGCCCGGGGACGGUGUACGACCUCCCUCUCAACGAUCCUUACCGCAAGAAAGGAGGUCCCAAAGCAGUCCUUCCUAUUGAUGGUCCUUGGAGGAAUGGGAGUCUGAAAGCUUUCAUCAGAAAUGUGGAUGCUGGAAAAGAAGAAACUGGCUGUGACGUGGACUGUCAAAUGGACGGCGUCACCAAGCUGGCUCCGGCGGUGGCCUUUUACGCCGGUCGCCCUGAAAUGCUGGAGAAAGUGGAGCAAGUGAUGAGGGUCACCCAGAAUAACGACAUGUGUGUGGCCGUGACACUGGCGGCUGCAAGGUUUUUGGAGCAUUUUAUUCUUAAUGGUCCAAGUUCCAAAGCUGUGGAUGCGGUUCUGGCACAACUGAACGAUCCGCAAAGGCAGAACCCCCAAGAUCUCGACAAUGCAGUCAUUGCGCAAAUCCACCAGGUGAAAGACAACCUGACCAGGACAUCCCAGCAGCUCAUACCUGCCCUGUUCACCAACACCUGAGCCUUGCCCGGUGCAUUCCAAGGAGCGCUACAUGGAGUCUUGACGCUGAAGCAGUUGGAUGAAGCCGUCAGAAACACCAUGCGCUGCGGGGGAUGCACCGCCAGCCGAGCCUCCUUCAUAGGAGCCUGUUUUGGGGCACAGACUGGCCUCCAAGGAAUCCCGGAGUCUUGGAAGAAAAGGACACUCAGAUAUCCUCAGCUGCUGGAGCUGGCUGAAAAUAUGUUCCAAAAAUCGGCCUAAAUUGCAGUUUGCCUCGUAUUAACCCCCUAGUAAGUGCUAUUACUGUUCACUGAUAUUCGUGCAGACGUCCCCUCGGGUUGCAUAUGCACUUUAAAAUGACAAUCCAUGACAGUCCCAUUCAAAAGUCCUGCACCGAAUGAGACUCGAAUUUAUUUGUUGUGUCAAAGAUGCGUUAUGUAAGAAGAGGGGGGGUGUGUGCCAAGUUCUGGAGAACAUGAGUUAGUUGCUAAUAAAGAAUAAUGUUAUUUGCAUGUGCAUGUUGUUUUCAUUCACGUUCUUAUGUGCAGGAUGGAUGGCUGAGGUUUCUUAAGGUCUGGAAACAUGCUUUUUUUUUUUGCUGAACUGAGGAAUUUGUCUGGUUUUCAGUCUUCCCACUCUGCGUUAUUGGGAAGUGAGAGGGCAGAUUUACUACUGGAGCAAGCAGAGACUCCCUCAAAGGGGCUGCUCUGUCUUCCGAAAAGUGCUGACUUCUUUUAUUUGUGCGUUUUAUGUAUUCACCCCAACGCAUGUCAAGUUGGGAGCUGACGUCUGUAUGAAAUAGUAUAGAGUCCAUACAGAAUUUAGACUGAUCACAUGAUGAAUUGACUAAGAAAACAUGGGUGACUUACAGCCCUAUUAAUGUUACCACAAUGAAAACAGACGUAAGGACAUCCAAAUGAUAUCAUUAACGGGGAAAAGCCACAGCUAAAUGAAUGAAUUUAAUGAAAAAGCUUCUAUGCCAUUGUUUAGCUGGGUAAAUAGGUCAUGGCUAAGAGUGCAUAGGUAACAAAUAGAAAGGAAGUCAUUUGAUUUCUCCCUCUGCCUGACUUCCUCCCACACAGCAGGUAGCCGUGCACGUCUGGCAUAAUUACAUCCAGACGCCAAGAGCCCGUUUUUGCUGCCAAAGUUCCCUUCUACAAGAUUAUGUAAGAAAUAGAGGGCGGCUUGUGAAAUACUGACAUCCUUCCUGUGUCUAUAUCUUUGCAAACCAAAAAAAACAGGUCCAUCCCGGAGAACCAUAUCAAGUCCCUUUUCUUAAAAACAUGAAUUUUUGUAAUUUCAGUCAAACACCCACAUCUACUGACAUCAUAAGACAGACGAGCCUCCUCCUACAACUCCCCAGUGCCUCCAACACCUGGAGCUAAUUCACAUGUCAUUAAAAUACUAUUAUAUCUCUUAGUGUCACUGUCUGUAUACAAUAUUUUAAAGAAAAUUGUCAGAUAGGGGGGUUGAAAGUUCAUGGCCAUAUAAGAAUGAUGGAUAGUGUGCUUUGCAGGGUUAUCUUAAUUGCCAAUGUUCUGUUUUCAUGUGUUGAUGUGCUUAAUAAG